UGACUAUUUCAACGACUUCAAAGCAUUGGACUACAUCUCUUUCUAUCUUCUCGUCCGAUUUCUGUAUCUCUGGAGACGGAGUUAGGCCGUCAGGACCUAUGAAUGGAAUUCGUGGACAACUCAGAUACAAUGCUCACGUACGUCACCAAGAGAUAAAUUUGAUCUUUCCGUUAUCCUAUAUGGCUGCUGUGAUAACAUGGGGUGGACUCAACUGCAAGAGUCUAAUGUACAAUUGGCCAAAACCUGCUGAGAGAGAAUUAUCUGUCUUGUGUAUUUACCAUGUACUCAUUAAGCAAUUAAAAAUUACUAGGAAAAAAAAAUCAAAAGCUCUUAUGUACGCCGCAGUCAUGCAACUUUGGUGAACAAGGAUCGGCCUUGACAUCAAACAGGGAGGGGGAAUGAGAAAUAAUCAAACACAGAAACACAGCCUUCCCAUCAGUGGUACAAGUU